CCUCCAUUGGCUCCACACACUCUCUCUCUUCCCAUCAAACUCAAACGGACGACCAGGAUUCGCCAUCCAAUCUCUCUGUCUCUCUGUGAAAACAAUGAGCGAUCUAAAGUCGAAAUUCCUGGAAGUGUACACUUCCCUGAAAUCGGAGCUUCUCAAUGACCCUGCUUUCGAGUUCACCGAUGAUUCUCGUCAAUGGGUCGACCGAAUGCUAGACUACAAUGUCCCUGGAGGAAAGCUGAACCGAGGCCUCUCUGUUAUUGACAGCUAUAAGUUGCUGAAAGAAGGAAAGGAAUUAACCGAUGAUGAAAUUUUUCUUGCAUGUGCCCUUGGGUGGUGCAUUGAAUGGCUCCAAGCAUAUUUUCUUGUUCUUGAUGAUAUUAUGGAUAACUCUCAGACACGCCGAGGUCAACCAUGUUGGUACAAACUGCCAAAGAUUGGUUUGAUUGCUGCCAAUGAUGGCGUAAUUCUCCGCAACCAUAUCCCUAGAAUUCUCAAAAAGCAUUUCAAAGGAAAGCCUUAUUAUGUGGAUCUGCUGGAUUUAUUCAAUGAGGUAGAAUUUCAGACAGCUUGUGGACAGAUGAUAGAUUUGAUCACCACACUAGAAGGAGAGAAAGAUUUAUCGAAGUAUUCAAUUUCUCUACACCAUCGGAUUGUUCAGUACAAAACCGCUUACUACUCAUUUUACCUGCCAGUGGCAUGUGCACUGCUUAUGUCAGGUGAGGAUCUGGAAAAUCAUAAUGAUGUAAAGAAUGUACUUAUUGAAAUGGGAACCUAUUUUCAAGUGCAGGAUGAUUACCUGGAUUGUUUUGGUGCGCCUGAGGUGAUUGGAAAGAUUGGGACAGAUAUUGAAGACUUCAAGUGUUCUUGGUUGGUCGUGAAAGCAAUGGAACUUUCUAAUGAUGAACAAAAGAAGUUUUUAAAGGAGAACUAUGGAAAAGCUGAUCCAACUUGUGUUGCAAAAGUGAAGGAACUUUAUAAUGCUCUCCAUCUUCAGGGUGCAUUUGAGGAGUACGAGAGCAAGAGUUACGAGAAGCUAAUCAACUCCAUUGAAGCUCAUCCUAGUAAAGCAGUACAGGCAGUGCUGAAAUCAUUCUUGGCAAAGAUAUAUAAGAGGCAGAAGUAGGAACUUGUCACUAAAAGAGACAAGUUUUGGAUGGAAUUCCAACUUGGUUUGUUUUUGUAUUCUCCUAAGUUGUUGUCUGUAGUUCAUGACAGUUUUCCUCGCUCCAGCUUCGGAAUCUCUCCUUUUCCUCCCUCCCUCCCUUCCCUGUCAGCAGAAGUAUAUUGAACUGCUAUAUUUUUUGUUUAUAGGGAUUUAAGGGGUCAAUAAUAAAAUGCAUUUUUCAAGCCCCUACAUCAUGUCAAGGGUUUUACUUCGAUUUGUUUGUGUUUAUGGGUUUGUUGCUUGCCCAACUGUUGCCUCCAGUUGGUAGUCUGCUUGAUUUCCUAUCAGACUGGGGCCGGAAAAUGCUAAACUACCAAAAUUUUCGUACAUAAUUUA